GGUUUGGAGGAUCCAGAACUGACUGCUGGCCCGCCAUGGCUAAGAUAUCGUCGCGGGUCGGCCCUCCUUCUCUGUCUUCCUCUUCUCCUCUUUCUUGGUCCUCUUUCUUUCCACAUCCUCCGCUGUCCUGAUUCAUUUAGCUCUCUCCCUCCCGUUGUACAAAAACCACUCUAUCCCGCAAUCAAUCUGAUCUCUUAUAUCCGAGACCACCGCUCGCACCACCACCACCACCACCACCACCACCGCCACCCAAACCCACCCACCCCUCCAACCCCGCGCCCAUCAUGGACAUGAGUAGCAUGGAUUCCAGCUCCUCCUCCAUGUCCAUGACCAUGGUCUUCACCAACAGCCACACCACCCCCCUCUUCUCCGCGCAAUGGACGCCCACCUCGAGCGGCCGCUACGCCGGCACGUGCAUCUUCCUGAUCGUCCUGGCCAUCAUCGGCCGGCUGCUGGUGGCCUUCAAGGCGCUGAUGGAGCAGCGCUGGCUCAGCGCCCACCUGCAGCGGCGCUACGUCGUCGUGGCCGGCAAGUCCACCGAGGCGGGCCGCAUCGACGCCGACCCGGACGCCAAGGGGGCCACGCUCAUCACCGCCCAGGGCGUCGAGGAGAGCGUCCGCGUCGUGCGCCGCACCGCGCGCGAGCCCCUCCCCUGGCGGUUCAGCGUGGAUCUGCCCCGCGCGUUGAUCUUUUUUGUCAUCACGGGCGUGUCUUAUCUCCUCAUGUUGGCCGUCAUGACUAUGAACGUGGGCUACUUCUGCUCCGUUUUGGCCGGCGCGUUCCUUGGGGAGCUCGCGGUGGGUCGGUAUAUUCAGUGGAAUGAACAUGGUCACUGAAUGGCUUCUUACAUUGUGUUCUGAUGUACUUGUCUGGGCGUUAUGUUUUGCAUUGGUUGCGGAUUAGCAUGGGAGUCGUUUUUCUAGAUACCUUUUCGAUACGAACCGUUUAUGAUAUACUUACCUGUGGAGGGGCUUAUCUGGGGCAUAGCUAGUUUUUUCUAUGCCCCGUAAUGUGAGUGGGUGUGAGUUUAGGGCUGGAUUGUACAUAGACAUGGAUGUUGAAUAUACAUGCACAUGAUCAUCG